AUGGAAUACACGAUCGACGAAACGAUCAAUAUAUUAGUGUUUAAUCAAAAAGCUGCAAAAGUUAAACGAUUUUUAAUUGUGGAAGGCAUCUACAUUAACACUGAACAAGUUUGUCCACUUCCCGAUUUAAUAAAAUUUUGUAGAAAUAAAUUAAGAAUUUUUAUUGAUGAAUCUGUAUCUUUUGGAACACUCGGAAAAAAUGGAAAAGGAGUAACUAAGCAUUUUGGUGUUCCUAGACAUGAAGUCAAUCUAAUAAUGGAAUAUCUUGAAUGGGCGAUAAACUCAAUUGGCGGUUUCUGUGCUGGUUCAUCAUUUAUUAUUGAACAUCAACGGCUUUCUGGACUUGGUUAGUUUUCUGCAUCACUUCCUCCACUUUUAACUGCUGCAGCUAUUACAUCUCUAGAUAUCAUUGAAGAAGAUCCAAGCAUUAUUGAUAAAUUAAAAAAUAACUGCUUCACUUUUCAAACUAGAUUGAGUGAACCCGCAUUACCUGUGAAACAUUCAUAUCUAAGAAAACAAUAUGACCGAUCUGAGGAGCAAGAAUUAUUAUUGAAAAUAUCCAAAAAGUGUAUAGAAAAUAAUUUAGCAGUGAUUCAACCUGCUUAUUUGGAUACUGAAAAGAAAUUGCCACGCCUAAGUCUACGACUGUGUAUUUCAAGUAUUCUUGAUACAGAAGAUAUUGAUUUUGCUAUAGAAGUAUUAGAACAAUGUUCAAAUGAUGUUUUUUCCAGAUACUAAAUGAUUAUUAAUAUAUUGAGUGAAAAUAAAGCUAUGGGAUUUUAGAAAUGAUUAACCUAAAAUGAAUUGGGAAGAAAAUAAGAAUAAAUUUUUUUUAAUCUUCAUCAUAACAUAAACUUUCUAUUAAAAAAGGUUUUUAAUAGUACAUCUUAGACGCAUAAUAGUUUAAUUUUAUCAAUCAAAUUAAUUAUUCAAUAAGAAUGUUCAAGAUCAAUGUUACUUCCACAAUCAUAUGCGCUGGUUAUAUUAUUAAUUACUACAUUAAGUUCUUGUUCUUCUACAAUGACUUAAUCAUUGAUAGGUGAAUCAUUCAUCUUUUCUAUUAAGGAUUCCAUUGUAACACAAUUUUAUAAAUACAAUCAUAAUAAUUAUUUGAAUUUAGACCCACAAAACUAAACAUUACUCUAAUUGCUGUGGAAGUGCAUUGUCGAUAAAUAUUAAGUUAUGACAUCAGUUGUAUCGCAUACAAAACGAGUUAGAAUUUUGUAUGAAACCAUUUUAAGACUACAUCGUGGAAUACCAACUGAAAUUCAAUCUCUAGGGAAUAAUUAUGUUCGUGAUAAAUUUCGUAGGCAUAAUGAAUUAGAAGCUAACAUUUUUAUGAAUAAGUGGACGGAUUAUGCAAUAUCUUUAGCAGAACAAUUAAGCUUAAAAGGACCGAUUUCUGCAAAACCUUUAGGCAAAAAUCUUCCCACGAAAACUCUAGAUGAGUUAAAAGAUGAAUAAGUUCAUCAAUUAUAUGAGCUGAUGUUUGCAGCAACUGGUAAAUUGAAAGAUGAAGAACAUUAAAAUAAAAAAUAAACAAGUAACAAGUAAUAAACAUUUUCUCAAUACAUGAAUGCAUUAAUGAUGUUACAUUGGAGAAAUUCAGCAAGUGCUAUUCUAGCAGCUAGUUUUAAACAUAAUAAGUAAGAAUUGUUAUUCAAAGAUAUUUUAAGAAUAGAUCAAAACGAAUGUAAUCAACUAUUAAUUGCAUUCGUUAUUGACUUAUCAAUAUCUACGUCUCCAUUUAUUUCAUUAGAAAUGAAACAUUGAUUCUUUGAGGUGUUAAUAUCCUUAUGAACAACUCACGUAUUUUUCAUUAUUAAAUUAAACAACUUUGAUUUCGAAAAAGAGAUG